GCAGCUCACUGGAGUUUGGUUCUCGAGGCGGCGGUGUUGGCGGCGGCUGCUCCUCCGUCGGCUCCUCCUCCUCCUCCUUGCUCGGCGGUGGCGGUGGCGGCGGCGGUGGUCCGGGGCCUGAGCUCCGGUCCCCUCCGCUUCCCUCCGUCUUCCGCCAUCUCCCCUAGCGCCCCGACCUCCUCCGGCGCCGCGGGGAACAUGCGGCUCCGUUCCCGGAGGCCGGCGAGUGACUGACCCGCGUCCCCCCGCCUCAGCCUGCCCGCCCGCCGGCCCGGCCGCUCCCCCCCGCUUGGCUCAGGCAAUGACAGCGGCUCCGGCGUCUCCGCAGCAGAUGAGGGACCGGCUGCUGCAGGCCAUCGACUCCCAGAGCAACAUCCGGAACAUGGUUGCAGUAUUGGAAGUGAUCUCCAGUCUGGAGAGAUACCCCAUCACCAAAGAGGCACUGGAGGAGACACGACUAGGGAAGCUCAUCAAUGAUGUCCGCAAGAAAACUAAGAACGAGGAGCUGGCCAAGCGGGCCAAGAGGCUUCUGCGGAGCUGGCAGAAACUCAUUGAACCCGUGCACCAGAAUGAGGUGGCACUACGGGCACUGGCAGGAGCUGCAGGCUCUGCCAACGGGGGCGCACACAACUGCCGGCCAGAGGUGGGAGUGGCCAGCACACCCAAGAGCAUCCAUGACCUGAAGAAUCGCAACGACAUCCAGAGGCUCCCUGGGCAGCGACUAGACAGACUGGGUAGCCGUAAGCGCAGGGGGGACCAGCGUGAUCUGGGCCACCCGGGGCCACCCUACAAAGUUUCCAAAUCUAGUCCUGACCCACUAGUCCCCAAUGCAUCCCCUCUCCCCACUAACGGGAUCAGUGGGAGCCCAGAGAGCUUACCCAGCCCUCUGGAUGGUAGUGGGCACAUGGGCUCUGAUGGCAGCCGCCUGGAGCCCAGCGAGAACGAGAAGCACAGCACCAAGAUCCCUGUGAACGCCGUGCGGCCGCGCCCCAGCUCCCCUGGCCUGGGCAAGCCCCCCGUGCCCUGCCUGCAGACCAAGACUGCGCAGUUGCAGCAUCUGGACAGGGCAGAUGAGCCGCCUGGCCCUCCCCAUCCCAGGGGGGCCUCUCACUGCUCCUUCAGCCCCCGGAACUCACGGCACGAAGGCUCCUUUGCCCGGCAGCGGAGCUCGUACACAACGAAAGGCCCCUUGUCCAGCCCCUCCUCACGCCCCCAACCACUGGACACCAUACAGGUGCCAUCCCCACUCCCACUGGCCCAGCCAUCCACGCCCCCUGUGCGGCGGAUGGAGCUGCAGUCCAGCGCUGAGAGCCCUGUACACUGGCCAGAGCAGCCCGAGGGCCACCCUCGGCUAACAGGGCCAUCCUGCAGGGUUGGGUUGUCGCCAGACUCUUCCAAGGCGGACAGUGAUGCUGCCUCCUCGGGUGGCUCGGACAGCAAAAAGAAAAAGAGGUACCGACCUCGAGACUACACGGUGAACUUAGAUGGGCAGGUGCCUGAGGCAGGCGUCAAACCUGUGCGGUUAAAAGAGCGGAAGCUCACCUUUGACCCCAUGACGAGACAGAUCAAACCUCUGACCCAGAAAGAGCCGGUGCGGGCUGACAGCCCCGUACCCACAGAGCAGCCACCUAGGACAGAACUGGACCAGCAGGAGGCCAAAGCCAGUCUCCAGAGUCCUUUUGAGCAGACGAACUGGAAGGAGCUGUCGCGCAACGAGAUCAUCCAGUCCUACUUGAGCCGCCAGAGCAGCUUGUUGUCAUCGUCUGGUGCGCAGACCCCAGGCGCGCACCACUUUAUGGCAGAGUACCUGAAGCAGGAGGAGAGCAGUCGGCGAGGAGCCCGCCAGCCUCAUGUGCUGCUGCCGCUGCCUAUGCCCACUGACCUCCCCGGGCUCACUCGGGAGGUCACACAGGACGAUCUGGACAGAAUCCAGGCCCAACAGUGGCCAGGGGUGAACGGGUGUGAGGACACACAGGGUAAUUGGUAUGACUGGACGCAGUGCAUAUCGCUCGACCCACAUGGCGACGAUGGGCGCUUGAACAUUCUGCCUUAUGUCUGCUUGGACUGAGCACUUGGCCUGGUCAUCAAGUGCAUUCUCACCUUGCAGGGGCUAGGCUGGCCAGCUGGGAGGGCGGGCAUGAGGCUCGCUCUCCACCCUCCUUUUGUGAAAUGCUGCUACCAGUUUACUAACGAUUGCAAAGGAAGGGCCGCUCAGAGGGCAGACGGCAGAGGGAGUUCAGAACUCUAUAGCAAGCCAGCUAUAAAGCGUUAGUCCCCCCACCCCAGAAGAGGUGCGAAGCACCGAAGGCGGGGACCUCAGUGGCAGGCAGGCACAGGAACCCUGUGGGAGAGGUUACCUUAACAGCAACAGACGCACAUAUCAUCUCUGCAUCUCCUGCUCUUUGGCUCUGGUGUCUCUGAGGUUCAGGCCACUUCUCCGGCCUCUGUCAAGCCAGUGUUUUCUUUCCUUCGUGUUGUGUGCUAGAAGCUUCUCUGCUGUGGUGAGCCCUGGCAUUGGGCGGGUGGGCCAGCUUCACCCACACUGCACAGAUGCCCACCCAUCUGUAUAUGGUUUCAGUUCUUAAAGAAAUGCUGCAGAAACUUCAGUUUUCUCAUUUAUUUCAUCCUUUUUUCCACCUGACCACCAGCCAAAUGACUUUUCCUUUCUUUUUUCCUCUUCACAUCUCUAGAAAAUGCCAUCUUUCUAGAGCCCUCAACCCACAAAGUUCCCGAGGGUGCUACUGGCGUGAGUUGCCCUGCUGGGCGAGGGGAAUGCCGUCUGUUCGCUGGAAACACUCAUAACCAUUCCUUUAGAUUCGUUUGCCUUAUGGUUGUCAUAAACGCGAUUUGCAAAAACAAGGAGCCUUAGUGAAUGUACAGUACCUAGACUUCUGCGUCCGCGCAGAAGGGAGCAACUUUGCUAUUUGGUCCAGUAAGUGGACACCUUGUGAUAUAAAUGUGGAAAUAAAAAAAAAAACA